UUUCAUUUUACACCCGAUGGUAGAAGAAAGCGAUGGCUGACAAGUUCCUGAAAGAGAAGAGGAAGCACUUCAUCCGGGCCGUAGGCACCGGUACAAUAAAUGGCUUGCUGGAUGAAUUAUUAGAGAAAAGAGUGCUGAACCAGGAAGAGAUGGAGAAAGUCAGAUUUGAAAAUGCCACAGUGAUGGACAAGGCACGAGCUUUGGCUGAUGCUGUCAUUCGGAAGGGGCCACAGGCAUGCCAGAUCUGUGUUGAUUACAUUUGUGAAGAAGACUGCCAUCUUGCAGAGACACUGGGGUUCUCCUCAGGUUCAAACACUGGAAAUUAUGCUAAUAUGCAAGACUCCCCAGAUGUAUUUCCUUUUACCUCAGAACCUCAGCAACUGCAUGGCAACCAAACUAUGCUCCCAUCCCAUGGCCUAAGAGGGAGUCUCAAGCUUUGCUCCCUAGAAAUGGUGCAAAGGAUUCAGAAAGCAAAAGCAGCAGAGAUUUAUCCAAUCAUGAACAAGUUGACCCGCAAACGCCUUGCCCUCAUUGUCUGCAACAUAGAGUUUGACAGUCUUCCUAGGAGGGCUGGAGCUGACGCUGAUGUCAAAGGAAUGAAAAUGCUGCUUGAACAGCUGGGAUACAGCGUCAUUGUGAAGGAAAAUCUCACAGCUUUGGAAAUGAUCGUGGAGAUGAAGGCAUUUGCAAACCGCUCAGAGCACCAGGUCUCUGACAGUACCUUCGUGGUGUUCAUGUCUCAUGGGAUCCAGGAGGGGAUCUGUGGGAAGGCAUACUCUGCACAAGUAACUGAUGUAUUGAAAGUCGACACUAUCUUCCAAAUGUUGAACACCUCAAAUUGCCCGAGUUUGAAGGACAAACCCAAGGUGAUCAUCAUUCAGGCCUGCCGUGGAGAGAACAAAGGAGUGGUGUGGCUAAAAGAUUCAGCAAGAGUCUCUGAAGAUGAGCUGUCAGCAGAUUCAGAAGGCUUUGAAGACGAUGGCAUUAAGAGAGCCCAUGUAGAGAAGGAUUUUAUUGCUUUUUGCUCUUCAACACCAGGUAAUGUUUCUUGGCGCCAUUCCGCUAAUGGUUCUCUUUUUAUUAUGAAACUUAUUGAAAAUAUCCAAGAAUUUGCCUGGUCUUGUGACUUGGAGGAAGUUUUUCGUAAGGUUCGAUUUUCAUUUGAGCUUCCAGAUGGCAGGACACAGAUGCCCACCACUGAAAGGGUGACUUUGACAAGAUGCUUCUAUCUCUUCCCAGGACACUGAGAAGCCAGGAGUUCUGCCAUUUUCUGUCUGUUGUGAAAUCCUUUCUUUCUAUUGGUUAAAACAUUUGUCAAUUUGUUCAUUGGAAAUAAACAUUUCUUUAAAUGAUGCAAUAAAUCUGAAGACUAAAUGUUA